CACACUCUCUCUCACACACACACACACACACACUCAGGGGCAUGUUUAGGCAAGAAUUUAUGGCACAUCAUCAUAUCCAUACAUAGUCAGUUUUCAGUACAAAGUGUCUUUAUGAAAAUGUGACUUGACCUCAUAUCUCAUUUUCUUUUAGAAUUUCUUCUAUUCUCGUAAAAAUUUUAUGAAGCCCACCCAUCAAGAGUUCCCUCACCGCAACUUCCAGGAGGAAGUCGAGUUCCUCAGCCAGAUUUUUCCAAAUGGAGCAGCCUACUGUAUGGGACGUCUGAACUCAGACUGCUGGUAUCUGUUUACGCUGGAGCUGCCGGAGUUCUGGGAGAACAAGCAGGCGGACCAGACACUAGAAGUUCUGAUGAGUGACCUCGACCCGGCUGUGAUGGACCAGUUCUUCAUGAAAGACGGUGUUUCUGCUAAUGAUGUCACUCGUAUGAGUGGAAUUCGUGACCUGAUUCCAGGUUCAGUGAUUGAUGCCACAAUGUUCAACCCUUGUGGAUACUCCAUGAAUGGAAUGAAAACGGAUGGAACUUACUGGACGAUUCACAUCACCCCCGAACCAGAGUUCUCCUAUGUCAGCUUUGAAACCAACCUCUCCCAGACGUCUUAUGACGAGCUUAUCCGCAAAGUCGUGGAUGUCUUCAAACCAGGGAAAUUUGUGACGACGCUUUUCGUCAAUCAGAUCUCCAAAUGUCGCAGCGUUUUCUCUUCGGCUCAGAAGCUGGAGGGUUACCGCGUCCUGGACCGCCAGUCGGCGCACUUCAACGACUACAACUUCGUCUUCACCAGUUACACCAAGAAUCGCCAGCAGAAGCAGAGCUGAACCUCCGAAAUGAAGAAGCGUAAAAAAAAAGCGUGCGGCUGGCGGCGUUUGUGCGUGGAGUCUUCUGGCUGUAGAACUUCCCCGAGUUUAACAUUUAUGCAUACUUGUACCUGUGACGUAGAUAUCGUGCAUGAAAGCUCUUCUCGUGUCUCUGUAGAUAUUCUAGCCCAUUCUUGCUGUGAUCUUGAAGUGCAUGUAGGGUUCUUGAACGUGGCGGCGGUGGUGUGUGUGAGGCAUGUCACACCAUCAUCCCAGUACAUGCAAUGCUCCCUUCCCUUCCUGCAAGUGUCCCCUCGCAUCCCCCACAGACAGGGUUUCCGACCUCACUAGACAAGGACCCUGACACGCUCAGAUCCGAAGCGAGCUCAUCAGUGUGCGAAGAGGUUGGGUUGACUUGCAUUUCAUUUCUUUUAACACGCGUGGCGUCGGUCAUUUUUCGGCGCUCAGCUGUGUGUAGCUCGCUAACUACUCUGACAGUGUGUGAAGAAGUCCUGAAAACAAACUUAAAAUAUUCCUCGUCCAUCUUUCUUACUUUAACCCUGCAGGCAGCUGUGUCUAUUCGGUGUGCUAGAGAAAUGAGCGUUGAGUUGAAGUUGAGGAACUUCGAUGUCGACAGCCUGCGCUUCUUUUAGGGGCUGUUUUGGAAAACCGUGCUUGUUUCAGUAAUACAGAGAAGUGAAUGUUACUUAACUGUUGCCUUAAGUGUCAAUAACAUAUACUCUGCAAUAUAUAACCAUUAUGGUGAAAGUCAGCCGUUGUCUUCCUUUCCUCAAAAUCAAAUGGCAUUUAACAUGAAUGUAUUAAAAGUAAAAACAUUAGUUAGUUGAAAGGUGACUAUGUUCUAUAAAGAAUGGAUUUUUCUGAAUAAUGUAGCGAGUGCAGAAGAAGCCAUUGAAGAGGGAAUGGUGAAGGACCCUGGGGCUGUCCAGCGCAGAGCCUGCUCAAUGCACGCCUUUGAAUUGAAACGUUUGGACAGACACUUUGCUUUAGUGUGCCGAUCGCACAGCAAAGCAUUUUUCUUUUUCUAAACAAAAUGAGUCCUCUCUCUUUUUCUCUACAGUAAGCACACAAUAGGCACGCACCGAUCUGAGCAUGUCAGGGCUGACCCGGAUCAUUCCACACCCCACGCCUGCAUAAAGUGCAGUUUUAUUAAUUCCCUUUUUUUUGCAGUAGAUUUGUACACCUCCAGAUCAUGCUCUCUUUGUGCAUUGAGAAAAAAAAAUAUAUUUUUUUUUUUUGCAGGUGUGCUAUUGCAUGCGACUAGAGUAUAAGCAGGAUGUUUCCGCUUCAGCCCUUUGUAACACUUUUAAUUUCUGUUCGUACGACGUAACAAACUUUGCACGUAGGUCCUGAGUAUGAUGAGCGGUGGGU